GUUCCUAGCUGCUAUUUAUGAACCAGCAGCAGAGGUGAUGGUUGCGGUUUAGCGGAGGUUUAUCUAUGUUUAACUAGAUGCCGUCAGCAAGACUAAAGAAUUCUGCUAACAUCAAGUCACUUAAAGCCACGUGUUGUUGGAGGAAGUAAGCUGCAGAUGUACUUCUGAGGCGCUGCAUUUCUUUGUUGUGUUGCACUAACCUGUUCUCCACCUUAAGAAAAAAGAGAUAUUAAUGACUGAAGAGUGCAAAGCCGCAUUAUAUAUACACAUGACCAACUCCUACUCCAAUGUAUUCUGCAUUUGCUUUGGCCACGUGAAAUGAAACAUGGUGUUGAAGUCCAGUGUGGCACAAGAAGUUGGCGUAUAUUUUUUGUGCAUAGAUAAGAAAGUCAAAUCCUGAUGAGAUCCCACAUUAAUGAUUUACAGACAGAAAUGCAGAGUUUAAAAGAGAGAUGGAAGCUGUACCCCCGGGUGCUCAGGGACGUGUCUGUAAUGGACCUGUCAACCUCAGUCUUAGGGCAGAAAAUCAGCAUGCCGGUCUGCGUUGCGGCGACUGCUAUGCAGCGCUUGGCUCACCCUGAUGGAGAGACAGCAACCGCUAAAGCAUGCCAGGCAAUGGGGACAGGAAUGAUGCUGAGCUCCUGGGCCACCUCCUCCAUUGAAGAAGUUGCUGAAGCAGCUCCUGGUGGCCUUCGCUGGCUGCAGCUUUAUGUAUACAAGGACCGAGAAGUCACCAAGUCCCUGGUGAAGCGUGCAGAGAGGGCGGGUUACAAAGGAAUCUUUGUGACUGUGGACACACCAUUCCUCGGUAGGCGUAUUGAUGAUGUGCGCAACAAGUUCCAGCUUCCCCCCCACCUCAGAUUAAAAAAUUUUUCAAGCAACAACUUGGCCUUCUCAUCAGGGAAAGACUUUGGGGAAAACAGUGGACUGGCUGUCUAUGUAGCCAAGGAAAUUGAUGCAAGUAUCAACUGGGAGGACAUCAGGUGGCUUCGGGGGCUGACAUCACUGCCCAUUGUUGCAAAAGGAAUCGUAAGAGCUGAUGAUGCUAAAGAAGCUGUAAAGCUUGGAUUGGAUGGUAUACUGGUGUCAAAUCAUGGAGCACGUCAGCUUGAUGGAGUUCCUGCAACUAUUGAUAUGUUGCCUGAAAUUGUUGAAGCUGUGGAGGGGAAGGUGGAGGUAUUCCUAGAUGGUGGCAUAAGAAAAGGCACAGACAUACUCAAAGCAUUAGCUCUGGGUGCCAAAGCUGUAUUCAUCGGCAGGCCUCUCAUCUGGGGCUUGGCUUAUGACGGUGAAGAAGGAGCAAAAGAAGUUCUCCGGAUGCUACAGGAAGAAUUUCAACUGGCAAUGGCACUGACAGGAUGCCGGACUGUAAAAGAGAUUGGCAAGACACUGAUACGAAGACAUGGAGUACAGCUUUCCAAGAUUUAGUUCUGAAGAUGAUCCCCUCUCCUGUUGCCUGUUGAACAGAAAGUAUGCUAGAUACAAAGCAUCGCUAUUUGCUCUUUGGGCCUCAUGCUGCAAUCCUGACUGAGGAGUGUUCUGUGAGCAACCGCUUGUUGAAGAAGUUAAUUGCUUCAAGUUUUAUAGCCUAUUCUGCUAAGCACUUAUGGAAAGCUGCUAUGCUGUUAGUUGUGAUUACAGAUGAGUCUUUAUACAAGACCAACACAGAAACUUGAAGGUGUUUUGCAAUAAAUGCUGAUAUUAGCUUGCAACCUGUAAGUAAAUUUAGUGCUAAAAUGAAACCAUAAAAGAAAAUGUUCUGAUGGCAAACAGCCAUCAAAAUGUAGAAAUUUAAAAUGUAAAAGCACUUUUCUCACUGGUUAGAGAAACUACACUGUAGAUCAGAAAUUAAAUCUUGCCUUCUUAUGAAUAUAAUUUCUUCUCCCUAAUAAUGAUGUGCUAUUCCUUUCUAAGUACAUGAACUUAUAUCAUGUAGGCUGUAGAGGCUCAGAUUUCUAAAGAACUGAACUACAAAGUGAAGUUGGAGAAGUGAUUCAAAGCCCUUCGCAGUCACAAUUGUGCUUAUGAUCAGGCACACAUCAGAUCUUCGGCUUGUGCAAAUCCGGGUAGUUCUAUUGCCUUCACCAAACCGUGCUGACUAUACCCAGCUGGAUCCCUAAGUCAUGUUUUUAAACUGGACUCAGUUGUUUACAGUUUUUUUAGAUUACUGGAUAAAUCUGCAGCAUCCUGCAUCAGUAUUGCAGAAAGGUUUUGAAAAUCUUGUUCUGGAAUUUUUUUUAAAGCCACCAUUACACUGUUCCACUGUCACUGAUAUCACUGUACCAUUUGUUUCCCAUCAAGUGUCAGGAGAACUUGUGCAUUCUAAUUCUCCCUUUUUGCUCUACUUGAAAUACGCCGUAUUGAGUUUUAGAGGCAGUUUUGUCAUAAAUGAUGGAAUAGUACAAUAUGAACUAAAGCAGGGGCUGGAACUCAAAACGGGGAGAAAACCCAAAAGGCCACAUGCUUGCCCUUCAGUUGUAAAAUCUGUACUCUUAUUUACUGUGGAUUGUAGUGUGUUGUGUGAGGGUUGCAUAGCAACAAAAUAAAGUUUAUCUGUGUAAGGAAAUAUGAAUGUUUCUCAGAGCAUAGAGAAGCAUAAUUUCUGCUGUUUACUGCACUUAUCAUAUCUGUUGCAAUGUGGACUGUGUCAGAUGUCAAUUACAGACUAACUUCAGGAAGACUGUUUAUUUUAGAUAAUAUAAAUGUUACUUAAAAGAUAGGGGAUAAUAUCUUAUGUUUACAUGCUUAAGAUCCAUUUCUAAAGUUUAGAAGAUGCAGUUUCCUGUCUUAGCCCCAACAAAAUUGAAGGAAAUUUCUGUAACUCUGUGGUCCAGGAUAAAUUCUGCUGGUGAAGAAACUGAUUUUGUUAUUUGUACAUAAUUAACUAUUUCUAGUUGCUUUGGGCAAAUGGGUUUAUAUUUGUUCUUUCCUCAUCAUCUGAGAACUGCCUGUCUUCCAUUUCAACCCUAGUAAGAAUAUACGUGCAUUGAAAAACAAAAACAGAGUCUAAUACUGAAAGGCUGUGGGACAAAGUUGACAGAAAUGAAAUUAGUUCCUGUUUAAAAGUGUAUAUAUUUCACAGUCAAGAGUAUUUUACUAGAUUUGGAGACAACCAAAUACAGUCACUUCUUGAAAUGUUA